ACAUCUCACAUCGGCUGUCUACUUGACAAGAAGGUCAGCUGUGGGGACAAUGGUUUUAUAUAUUUAAUUUCAAACUGGUUUGAGCCCGUUCAGUUAGAAAUAGCAACAGGCAGAUUUAUGUUGAAGUCAAUUCUCCACAGAAAACGUUAGGGAAGGGAAUAAAGGGAAUAAAGAACUGAACUUGGACAAAUCGAAGCUGACUAGUAGUUAGCAGUUGCAGAACAACAUGACUGAUGAGAAUACAACGUUCUACAACUAUGAUUCAGACUAUCCAGAUGAGUUGUGUCGUAAAGAAAAGGUGGUGAAAGUCGGAUCCAUUAUUAUUCCAAUCUUUUUCACAGUAGUGGUCGUGUUGAGCUGCAUCGGAAACAUCCUUGUUCUGGUCAUCCUUGCACUCUACGAGAGCCUCAAAUCCUUGACCAACGUCUUCAUCCUCAAUUUAGCUCUGUCAGAUUUGCUGUUCACUUUUGGACUUCCAUUUUGGGCUUCGUAUUACAUCUGGGGUUGGACAUUUGGAGAGGCUGGCUGUAAAGCUGUGAAGUUUCUCUUUUAUUUCGGCUUUUACAGCAGCGUGCUGUUCUUGACUCUAAUGACCGUUCAGCGUUACAUGGCAGUGGUUCAUCCGCUGUCUGACUGGGAGAGAUGCAGAUGCCUUUCAUUCUCUCCUUUUAUCGUUUGGAUCCUGAGUGGAACGGUUGCAAUGCUUGGUUCGUAUCAUAGUAAAGUCAUGGCAGAAUCUGGCAGCGAAUACUGUGAAUAUGGCACUGUUGAAUGGAAAUCUGGCAUUGCCUAUUUUCAAAAUGCUUUUUUCUUCAUUGCAUUUGUAAUCAUGGGCUAUUGCUAUGGCAGAAUGCUUCACACGAUUACAAACUCACGGACUAAUAAGAGACACAAGACUGUUAGACUAAUAUUCUGCAUCGCACUGGUGUUUUUUAUCGGUUGGGCUCCAUAUAACAUUGUCAUGUUCCUAAAAUCUUUGACCUUCCAUCCAUUCACAGUCUGCGAAGUAAGCAUAAAUGUCGACUAUGCGUAUUAUGCUUGCCGAGUGAUCGCUUUCUCCCACUGUUGCUUGAACCCUGUGUUUUACGUUUUUGUUGGCGUAAAGUUCAGAAAUCAUCUAAAAAUGAUUUUACAGAAGAUCUUUCAAAAAAAAAAAAAACUCAAUUUCAGUCAAGUCACAUUGGCAAAAAAUCAGUCGCUGGGUUCAAUGUACUGAGAGAAAACUCAAGUGCUUUUACAGAUUGCAGCGAAUAGGCUUUGAGUUUUAAAAUAUGAUGUGUAAAUAAUGUACAGAGAGAUGUUGCAGCUUUUUUGGUUAUUAUUAUUAUUAAUAUGCUGGUAAAGUCAUGGCAGAACUUUGUUGAACCAUUGAAUAAAAACAAAAAAGUACCAAUUUGCAUGAUGAUUCCUCUCUCUAUCAAACAGCAAAAACAUUCAGUUGUGAGAAUGUCAUGUCCUAAAUUAUAACCAGUGUUUUUCCUUUUUGUUGAAGUUCUCAUUUAUUUAAGGUAAAAACUAAAGAUACGUAAUGAAAGAAGCCCAUGAACAAAUGUGUCGUCAUUAAUGCAGAAAAUAUUUCCACAAGAAAUUAAAAUAUAUCUAUAUGCCUUCUUCUGUCUAUUUCUGUAUGCAUUUAUAUUAUGACUCAUGUUUAUGACACUGCUUGUACAAUUUAUUAAAUGGAUAAUAUAGAGCAAAAGUAAUAUACAGCAUGAGCAUAAAGUAUGAGUCCAGUUUAUGAACCAUCUGUCGCUCCUCGCUUUUAAAAAGGUUUUGGCAUCGGUGGUUCCAUGAAGAACCUUUAACAUCCAUGGAGCCUUUCACAAAAGGCCCUUUAGAUUGAAAUGUUCUUCACACUAAAAAAAGACUUCCUGAGGAACUGUUCACUUACAGGUUCUUUGAGGAACCAAAAAUGGAUCUUCGAUGGCAUUGCUGCAAAAUCCCCAUUUGAAUAUAUUUCAUUUUUUUUAGACCACA